GAUGGGGGUUCAGUAUGGGGACCCAUUACCACUUCCACAGCUGGAGGGUUUUUGUGGUGGUCUGUUCCCUCCCUUGCAUAGCGUCACUUGUGGCUUUGAAAUUCAUGCCAGAAAGCCCACGUUUUUUGUUAGAGAUUGGUAAGCAUGAUGAAGCGUGGAUGAUCCUUAAGCAAGUCCAUGAUGUCAACAUGAGGGCCAAGGGAGAACCAGAAAGGGUAUUCACGGUAGCUCAAAUAAAAACUCCCAAGCAGGUUGAUGAGUUUAUUGAAAUACAGAGCUCAACAGGAACAUGGUACCAACGUUGGUUUGUUAGAGCCAUGACUAUCAUCAGACAGGUAAUGGACAAUGUGGUUUAUUGUCUGACAGCACAGUACAGAAUGAACACACUAUUACUGUCCGUUGUCUGGUUUUCAAUGGCCUUAAGUUAUUAUGGCCUGAUUGUCUGGUUCCCUGAUAUGAUACGGUAUUACCAAGAGGAAGCAUAUAAGUCGGAGAGGAAGACUUUCGAGCCAGAAGUAGUGAAGGAUUUCACCUUUGACUUUAAUCUCAGAAACCAGCGCUAUGUGAAUUGGACAUUCAAGAAUGACAGGUUCAUCCAAAUGAAAAUGCGCGAUGUGACUUUUGAGAACUCCCUCUUCGAGGACUGCCAUUUUGAAGACGUGACAUCCAGCGAGACCUUCUUCAAAAAGUGCACUCUGAUAAACACCAACUUCUCUGACACAGAUCUCUACAAGCAUAAAUUCAUUGACUGCGAAUUUGUGAACAUCUCUGACUUUGGGCAGAAGAGAGGUUGCCAGCUGGAUUUUGAGACGGACAAUGACUUCCUUAUUUACCUGGUCAGCUUCUUGGGAAGUCUGUCUGUCUUGCCUGGUAAUAUCAUCUCAGCUCUGCUGAUGGACAAAUUGGGAAGGAUCAAGAUGAUCGGGGGGUCCAUGCUGAUCUCGGCAGUGUGUUGUUUCUUCUUGUUCUUUGGCCAUAGCGAGUCAGCCAUGAUUGGAUGGCAGUGUCUCUUUUGUGGCACGAGCAUCGCAGCCUGGAACGCCUUGAACGUCAUCACGGUAGAGCUGUAUCCCACGCAUAAAAGAGCUACAGCCUUUGGGAUACUCACCGGCGUCUGUAAAGUUGGGGCCAUCUUGGGAAACUCCAUCUUUGCCUCUUUUGUUGGGAUCACCAAAGUGAUCCCCAUUCUUCUGGCUUCUUCUGCUCUAGUUGGUGGAGGCCUCCUAGCCCUGCGGCUGCCAGACACGCGGGACCAAGUCCUGAUGUGA